AUCAAACAGAGGACAAGCUGACUCCCACUAUCACUGACCAUCAGAAUGGAACUUAUGACAUUACAUUUGUCAUGCAGGCUGCUGGGCUGUAUUACCUAAGUGUAUAUUUGUUUGGUCAACACACAAAGGGAUCCCCUUACAAGAUCAGAGCUGUGGAAGCCACAGAAGCUAAUGGAAAUGGAUCUGCAAG